CAGCUGCUGCUGACCUAGGUCUGGUUUUCGGGAAGUCAGGUGACCCUGUCGGUCUGCUGGCUCUCAGCGCUGCCUGCCCUGGGGUGGACAUGGGCCCGCUGCUGGCUCUCCUCUGCCUGCUGCCCCUCCGCCCAGGACUGGCAGCUCCCUCCUGCCCUCAGAAUGUGAACAUCUCCGGUGGCACUUUCACCCUCAGCCGUGGCUGGGCUCCGGGGAGCCUCCUCACCUACUCGUGCCCCCGCGGCAGUUACCCGUCGCCCGCCUGGAGACUGUGCACGAGCAGCGGGCGGUGGCAGACCCCGAAACCCACCCUGCGCUCCGCGGGGCUCGGCAAGGCGGUCUGCAGACCUGUUCGCUGUCCUGCCCCUACUUCCUUUGAGAAUGGCAUGUACACCCCUCGGAUGGGCUCGCAUCCUGUGGGUAGCAACCUGACCUUCGAGUGUGAGAAUGGCUACGUGUUGCGGGGCUCAGCUGUGCGGCACUGUCGCCCCAACGGCAUGUGGGAUGGAGAGACGGCGGUGUGUGACAAUGGAGCUGGCCACUGCCCCAACCCGGGCAUUUCGGUGGGUGCCGUGCGGACAGGCCUGCGAUUCGGCCCUGGGGACAAGGUCAGCUACCGCUGCUCCUCCAGCCUGGUGCUGACGGGCUCUGCGGAGCGGGAGUGCCAGAGCAACGGGGUCUGGAGUGGCACGGAGGCCACCUGCCGCCAACCGUACUCUUAUGACUUCCCCGAGGACGUGGCCCCCGCCCUGGGCACCUCCUUCUCCAACGUGCUGGGAGCCACCAACCCCACCCAGAGGAGGAAGGAAAACCUGGCCCGUAGGAUACAAAUCCAGCGUUCUGGCCACCUGAACCUCUAUCUGCUGCUUGACGCCUCUCAGAGUGUGUCGGAAGCUGACUUUAACAUCUUCAAGAACAGCGCCUCCCUCAUGGUGGACAGGGUCUUCAGCUUUGAGAUCAAUGUCAGUGUCGCCAUCAUUACCUUUGCAUCUAAGCCCAAAACCAUCUUGUCUGUCUUGAGUGAGCGGUCCCGGGAUGGGGUCGAGGUGACCAGCAGUCUGGAGGAUGCCAGCUAUAAAGAUCACGUCAAUGGAACUGGGACCAACACCUACGAGGCCCUAAACAGCGUCUACUUGAUGAUGAAUAACCAAAUGCAGCGACUGGGCAUGGAAACCUCGGCCUGGCAGGAGACCCGCCAUGCCAUCAUCCUGCUGACUGAUGGGAAGUCCAAUAUGGGCCAGUCUCCCAAGCUAGCAGCCGACAACAUCAGAGAGAUUCUGAACAUCAACCGGGAUAGGAUGGACUAUCUGGACAUCUACGCCAUCGGGGUGGGCGGUGUGGAUGUGGACUGGCGAGAACUGAAUGAGCUGGCAUCCAAGAAGGAUGGCGAGCGGCACGCCUUCGUGCUGCAGGACGCGCGGGCCGUGCAGCAGGUCUUCGAGCACAUGCUGGAUGUCUCCCAGCUCACAGACACCAUUUGUGGGGUAGGGAACCUUUCUACCAAUGCCUCUGACCAGGAGAGGACACCUUGGCAUGUCACUUUUAAGCCCCACCACAAAGAGACCUGCCGGGGAGCCCUCAUCUCUGACCAGUGGGUCCUAACGGCAGCCCACUGCUUCCACCACACCAAGGAGGAGGACCGCCCAAUGUGGAGGGUCACUGUGGGGGAUCCUAGUUCCAAUAGGGGCAAAGAGUUCCUUGUGGAGAGGGCGGUGAUCCACCCAGGGUUUGAUGUCCAUGCGAAGAGGAACCAGGGAAUCCUGGAGUUCUAUGGUGAUGACAUCGCCCUGCUGAAACUGGACCAGAAAGUGAAGAUGUCCAGCCAUGCCAGGCCCAUCUGCCUCCCUUGCACCAUGGAGGCCAAUAUGGCUCUGCGGAGACCCCCAGGCAGCACGUGUCGGGACCAUGAGGCAGAACUUCUGAACCAACAGAGCAUCCCCGCUAAUUUUGUGGCCUUGGAUGGGCACAAGCUGAACGUCAACCUCCAGAUGGGACCCAAGUGGACAGGCUGUAUUCAGGCUCUCUCUCAAGACAAAAAAGCAUUCCCUAACCUGACAGAUGUUACAGAGGUGGUGACAGACCAGUUCCUCUGCAGCGGGAUGGAGAAGGAUGACAAUCCUUGCAAAGGGGAAUCUGGUGGUGCCGUGUUCCUCCAGCGGAGGUUCAGGUUUUUCCAGGUAGGCCUGGUGAGCUGGAGUCUUUAUGACCCUUGUGUGGCCUCCGGCAAGAACUCCCGCAGAAAGCCGCCCCCUGGGGCCCUGCCUCCUCCCAGAGACUUCCACAUAAACCUCUUCCGCCUGCAACCCUGGCUGAGGCAGCACCUGGACAGCACCCUGAACUUUUUACCCCUCUGAUCAUGACCACCAACCCUCAUCUCCUACCUCUGAGCGCCCACCCUCAGAGCUCUGUGUCCUAUCUUCACCCCUAGCAUAAACCCUAGAGAAGUCCAGAGACAAGCAACGCAAGCUGGGGAAUCCCCAGGGCUGUGCCAAGUGCUGGCUGCCCCAUCCCCCUGCCCCAACUAUGGGCACAUUCCUUAACCAGUGAGUGAGUGACUCACCCUACUUUCACUUUUGCACGGAAUUUCCCAGUUAUGAAACUAAUUAAAAAAAUCAGCAAUUUCCA